AUGUCUAGGGGUCCUUCUGACGAGCAGCAGUUCGAGGCGUUUGAGAUUGGCCACAUGGUGUUUCUCGUGCUAGACUAUAAUCAGCCGAAUCCUCUUUUCCGCGCCCCUAUCGGCGAUUCGCCUAAGAAUAUUCUGGACAUUGGAACUGGUCAAGGAAGUUGGGCUAUUGAUGUUGCCGAUCUCUAUCCGUCUGCUAUCGUCCGUGGCGUGGAUAUCUUCCCCCCGCCCGUGACAUGGAUGCCUCCGAACUGCGUCUUCGAAGUGGAUGAUGUGCUUCGCGAGUGGACAUGGACAGAGUCGUUUGACUUUAUCCAUAUGCGCCUAAUGUAUGGCGCCUUCCCCCUUGAGGGAUGGGACCAGCUAUAUAAACAAGCUUACGACGCCCUCGAACCCGGUGGCUGGAUCGAGCAGAUGGAAUUUGACGUGCGAGUCUCCAGCGAUGACGAUACCUUGAAGAAAGAACACCUGCUAUGGGGGUGGGGCGCCAUGUUUAUUAGAUGUGCCGAGCGAGCCGGACGAUCACUUAGAACCCAUGAAACGAUGCGCAGCGCAAUUGAGAGAGCCGGGUUCGUGGAUCUGCAAGAGGAAAAGUACAAAAUCCCGUUAGGUCCUUGGCCUAAGGAUAAGUUACUGAAGGAGGUUGGACACCUCCAGUAUGCCCACUGGAACGCCGCUCUAGAAGGUUGGGCGAUGUGGCUUCUCACCCACUUUGGGGAGCCAGAGCCGUGGUCGAACGAGGAGGUGCAAUUGUUCCUGGCUAAAGUGCGCAUGGAGUUGAAGGACCCGUACAUUCACGCCUAUAACCCUGCGAACCGCGUCUGGGCAAGAAAGCCUACCAAGGAGGAAUUGAAAGCGAAGGAGGCAAAUUUCAAAGUCGAGACAUCGCCGUAA